UUUAAGUUUCUUUGAUAAUUAUUUUUAUAUAUCUUUCAUUUAUAGUAUCAGUGUUUUGAAAGUAUUUAUUCUGGAAUUGGUGGCAGUUCAUCAAACAGUUAACAAAAAAAAUUAUGCAGAUUAAAGAAAGAAAAUGGAGAAAUGCUUUAAGUUUGGUUCUCCUCAAAAUAUUUUCAGAAGUAUUUCAGUGCCAGAUUAUUGUCACACAUAACAAGACUUUCAUGUAAAGCUCAUUCAAUACUAAUAAAGAGUCAUCAUCAUUGCAAAACAAUAGAUUGUUGAUGUGAAUACUCUGACUUAAGUGCAAGCUUUCUCAGAUUGAAUCAUAUGACCCAAAAAAAAAAUUUUUCCCACCUUAAAAUGAGUCCAUUAUGACUCUUAACUUGCUGGAUUGAUAGGAAGGCAAACUUUACAUCUAGGUAGAAGCAGAAAGCAAUUGCAACUGAGAGGCCUGCCAUCCCCCGGGAAGGAUCGGAUAUCCGACAGCCUCAGCCUGAGGUCCAGCCCAUAAGGCUGUCACCUACAACCUUCCCCGCCCCAUCCUCACUGCAGCUUUGUUAGAUUUCUCUAAUGGAUAGGAAUCCUUUCGUGAUCAUAGACUGGGAGGAGAAAAAAAAAAGAUUGCUCACUGGCUCCUGCACGCCUCUUUUUGAUUGUAUGUCUCUAUUCCGUCUAAUUGGAUGAAAUAGAAAGUCCCUGGCAGCCCUGUGUUGCUGGGUGUGCGGAUUUAACUCAGGCCAGCCCUGCAGAGGGGUGGGGAAAGAGGAAAGAGAGCAGAAGGAAGGAAGGCAUGGAAAGGAAAGAGUACUGUGGAGGGACGAAGAAGAGGAGAAGGUGGUAAGGACGCAGAACAGAGAGUCCCCAUCCUUUUAUUCCUUCCUUUCUCUAAUGAUGCUGCUGGGAGUGAUGGUCAGGAAGCAGGCACCUGCUGCUCUGUAAUGAUUCAGCCUCUUUCUGCCAGCUCCUUUGCACAACAGGAUGCUGUUGUUACUGUCUCUGCCGCUGCCGCUGCCGCUAUCCUCCUUACUUAUUUUCCUUUGGCUUCUCCUGCAUGACGGCUGUGUUUUCCUCCUCCCGAGCAGCCCCCAGUCUCAGAUGCUGAAGGUGAGAAGCCAGCUGUUCACUUUGGGCUGUUGUUGGUUCAGUUAACCUAAUUUUGUUGAGGAAUUCAGCUUCUGGUUCUCCUUGUCUUGUUUUGUUUCCUUGGAAGAGCUGAGAUGGCUUGAGAGGAAAUUAGGAAUUUAAAACAAGGAUCUUUAAAAAGUGAGGAAGGAAAAGGAGCUGAUUCAUUCACUAUGAGAAGCUUCUUUUCUGAGGAUUCGGGAGGUUUUGAUUCUUUAGUGGCCUCUUUCUAUUGGAUCGUUUUUCUGAUGCUUGGACUCUGUUUUAAUGCCUGUGCCGUGAUGCUGUAAGAUUUCUGGAGCUGGCUUUCCUGGGAAAGGGGAUGGACCAGAGUCAAGCUUAUAAUUAAGCCUUCUUGAGGAGAGCUCCCUGGAAAAAUACAGGCUCAAGAAUGUCGGAAGCCAGCCUGGAGAAAGCUCCCCAUCCCUCAACCCAGCUGAGUCCCACUGCAUCACUUGAGGGGAUUCCUGGUGAGGAAGAGAUGCCAGAGACUCAAAGGGAGGAAACCAGGAUGCAGGGAAUAGCAGGCCUUGCAGCUACUUGUUGUGUGUGUCUGGAGGCAGAGCGACUGACAGGUUGCCUUAAUUCCGAAAAGAUCUGCAUUGUCCCAAUCUUGGCUUGCCUGAUCAGCCUCUGCCUCUGCAUCGCUGGCCUUAAGUGGGUGUUUGUGGACAAGAUUUUUGAAUACGAUUCCCCUACCCACCUUGAUCCUGGUAGGGCUCGACAAGAUCCAAUUACCUCUGUGGACCCUACUGCACUGUCUGCUUGGUUGCCAUCUGCAGCACAAACGUCCUACUUCUCCCUUCCCAUUAAUGAAGCUACACAGGACAUCAUGGAGCAAUCCAGAGCCACCCUGGUAGUUACCUCUGAGGUUGACUCUAAGCCAUCUCCAUACAACACUGUCCCAAAUGACUCUUUCUUGCCAUCUUUGGUACCCUCGCUACCUCUGCCUAGCCUAAAACCUGAAGUGAAAAGGCCCACCACUGCACCCCUGGUACAAGAAAUUGAAACUAAUAUGCAAACAGCUCCACCAAAAUUUGGUAAGUUCAUAUUUUAUCCCCCCCCCACUUCCUCUGCCAGUUUGAUCAUAACACUUUGUGGUAAAAUAUUCAUGUUGAGGGAACAUGUUUUGCUGACCAUUAAACUGAUAAGGGUUAGGGCAAAUUAUACUUUUAGCCUAUUCCUUUACUGA